GUAAAAUAAAAAAAACCCCGCCUAAAACCUAAUGAUCUUACUUACACACUCCAGCUCUUCACCAAUGCCCUUUCACAUAAACCAUUCCACGCCUGCAUCCAUAGUACCCAUUCCUUAUUCCCAAAGGAUUUCCCAGUUCAACUUCUCACUACGCUCCAUUGAUCAACUCCGCCAACCCAUCGACCUUGAUCAUCUUAACAUAUACCAUCAGACCAGUUGCAACCCCUGAUAGUGUCAAUUCUAUCAUCAUAUCACUAUUAGGCCCUUCUUCGCUUAAGCAGGUGCAACAUCACCCGCGGUCUAGUCCGCUGACGCACAGUCUAUUUGCCUCGUCAAAUACGUACAGGUCCUUAGUCUCUUAAUGUCGGACGAUUCUUCUGAACGGCCUCCAUCAAACCCAAGACCUUUUCGCACUGCCGACGAGAUAGUACGCUCUAUACUCGAUGAUGAUUUUUCGCCCGCCGACAUUAGCCCCUCCGGAGAGUUAUUUCGGGCUAUAGAGAGGUAUUAUCCUUAUUCGCGGCCGCUUAAUCGCUCGCGGCCUGAUAUCGUCCGCAACCAUUUAACUCGCCUGGGCCAGCGCUCCUCGUCCCGGAACAGCAUGCCGUUCGAGCUCAACCCGGAAACGCAACGAAGAUUCUCACGAGAACCCCAAAGUUCCGACGCAUCGCCCCGCUAUAAUCAUCCUUCCUCUGCUCCUUACCUACCGCCACUACGAUCUUUAACAAGUACCCGACGACCUUCGGCAAUGCCUCCAUCCAGUCUAUCAGGUGCACGAGCACGAGCGUUGGACCGCUACGCGGCGAGGCUGCGAACAAUGCCUUGGAAUCGGAGCGAGAUUAACGACGAAACAAGCGAGGCCUGGCAGCAAUUUGAACCUAUUGAUAGAGGUUCGCGUGGUACCCGCCGCUCCGCAAAUGGCCAGAUAGCCGAUUCGCAAUCGCCCUUGGAUGAGGAACGCCUACGAGAAGACACCAAUUCCGAAUUACGAGCGCUCUUAGAUUUUAAUCACACUCCUGGCCACCCUUACUCUGAUCUUACAUUUACAUCGUUACCGCCGCCGCCGCCGCCGCCACCACCACCCCAGGAUUCGGCAGAGGACAAUCGACGAGUCAAGAGGCGCAAAUUAGACUCUGAUCGUCUGUCUAGUGGUUUUCAAGGUUUCCGUUAUGGGAAAUAUGGACAGGUGGAACCGGGUCAGCUAACCAUGGAGCUGGUAAGCUGUGACGGUGGCAUCUAUUCGGACGAUGGCCAGAGAUAUGCCGCUGAGAAUAUUCUCAAAAAUGACCAGACCGUCUACUGCACCGAAGGGCCGAGAUGUAACAUCAUCCUAAGGCAUCAAGGGAGCACCGUAUUUACGCUGAAGGAAUUAAUUAUAAAGGCCCCCAGGUCUAAUUUUACCUCUCCUGUUCAGGAAGGUAUGGUCUUCGUUUCGAUGACGUCUGACCAUCUCCUGACACGAACGGCCCAGUACCAAAUUCAGUACUCGGCUUCUAGAAGUUCAUCCAGGCGCGCGGAACGGGAUAGCCAAGCUCAGACGCCUAUUGUUUCUAUCAGACACAAUGAAGACGGAAGCACCAUGACUCACGCGCAGAUAAGGGCGAGGCGUCUAUAUAAUAUCGGCAUGGAUGAUGAAGAUAACAACGUCCGAGUUGCUCAGAUUCCCUCUGAAUUCAAUGUACCACCCCCUUUCAGGGUUACUACGGAAUGCAGCGACGACGAGACGGAUGAUCCGUCUCCAAGGGGAGAUUGGCGGCCGCCCAAUAGGAUAGGGUCCUUGCCAUUCGAGAGUGAAACAAGCGAUGAUGAGGAUAAUACGAAUGAUUAUUCAUUCAGCUCAACGUAUCCGAGCCAUCGGCGGCAUCGUAAUCGAUCAAAUACUGUGCUGGCAGAGGCAGUCGAAGCUGCGCAAGUAGCUACACAGGAGGCGGUUCGCGCGGUAGGCGGGGAGAUGAUGGCUCCUCAUGCACGAUUUUUUAUCGAGCGGAACAAAAGCAAGUGUACAAUUAAGUUUGAUCCUCCGGUUUCUGGACGGUUCAUAUUGUUGAAGAUGUGGAAUCCGCAUCGCGAUCCAGACGAAAAUAUCGACAUACAGGCGGUCAUCGCCAAAGGGUUCGCAGGACCGAGAUAUUUCCCGUCGGUGGAUUUACGAUGAUGAUUGAUGAAGAAGGAAGUUAUGGGAGUCGAUGGUUAACGAUGGUUAUCACGUGUAUUCUUUGGGGGAAUCAUCCAUGAUAAAACCAGGGUUAGCAAUGAUGUAGCUUCAUUGGCUCUACCUAAGGCGCAUAGGUAAUGAUUUCAUACAUGAUUUCAUACAUGUAUAUGGUGUAUAAGGAGCAACUCCUUGUCUUUGAUUGUGAGUGUAUCCACGUCACUUGUGUGGGAAUACUUUUGUAGAGACUAUGUAUGAUACGAGAUUCUUAUAGAGUUAUGCGGGUACCUAGGUAGGUAACUUGUUGUAUUCUAAUCCAGAACAACCUUAACCUACAA